CAAUGCACUACUUCGUUUUCUGCGUUCCAGUUUCUGAAUUUCCAGAAGAUCUUGAUUUCGCAUAUUAAAAACAUCUGAUUCCACACGAGCCACGAGAAAACUCAUUGUUACUUAAUAGUUAAAGUUCAUUUGUUUGUAUAACGAAACAAUAUUAGUUUAUCUUAACCUGCAUCGUUAUAAGGAAUAUUUUGGUUAAUGUGUUAAAAGGAUAAUAAUUUUAUUAUUUAAAAUGCCUGUCGAUCAAAAACGUAUUAAUGGCCCAGAAGUAACUGUACCGUAUCAUAUUUACGCUAAUUUAAACAGUAAAGAUAAGGAAAUAAAAUAUGAUCUCAGUAAGAGAAGCGAUGAACGUGGUAAUAAUGAAAUGAGGAAAAUAUUUUUAAAAACUGGUGUAGUCAGUCAAGCAAAAGGUUCUGCAUACAUAGAAAUGGGAGAAACAAAAGUAGUUUGUUCAGUAUUUGAUCCUAGAGAAGUUCCAAAUAAAUAUGGUUACGGUGUUCAGGGAGAAAUUUAUUGCGAAUUUAAGUUUGCACCUUUCUCUUGUCAGAAACGAAAAAUUCAUCAACAGAAUGCAGAGGAAAAACAGUAUAGCUUAAUUUUACAAAGGGCAUUAGAACCAGCUGUUUGUUUACAAGAAUUUCCUAAUUUUCAAGUAGAUGUAUAUGCAAUGGUCUUGGAUAAUGCUGGAUCUUCUUUAGCUGCUGCAAUCAUGGCUGCUAGUACCGCUCUGGCUAAUGCAGGUGUUCCUAUGUUUGGUUUAGUCACAGCUUCCACCAUUGGUAUAUAUGGUGAUUCCUUUUUAAUGGAUCCUACGGAUACAGAAGAGACAAUGUGCAAUACACCAACAGAAACAAAGAAAGAUAAUUUCAAUCAGGGGCUAAUUACACUAGCCAGCCUUCCACAGCAUGAUCAAAUUUCCGAAGUAUUUCUAAUCGGAAACGUUGAUACAGAUUCUAUUAUACGUGCAACAGAUAUUUUAACGGCGGCUAACGAAGAUAUCUGUCCUGUACUUCAGCAAUGUUUAGUAAAGACUGUUAUGAAGCUGCAUCAUUAAACAAAUAAAAACAAUAGAAUAUUUUAUGAAAAAA